AUGGAUUAUUUUGUACAUAAAGAUGGUCAAGAAAACCGUUACGACGACAAAGGCAUGGCGGUUGCAGUCGUAGAAAUGGAAGUAGAUGAAGAGAUGUAUCCUAUUGAAACAGUGACGAAUUUUGGAAUGUAUCAUGAGCUUAAAGCACCUGAAAACCCUGAGAAAAACAAUGCAAACCAGCAAGAGAGAGAAGAUGUUAAGAUGGAAGGCAAGAGGACAGGCAGUACAUACAAAACUUACAAGGAAUCAGAAAAGGAGCAGCUGUUUGCCUUGGUCUAUAAAAGAGGCAUGAGUGCAAGACAAGCUGACCUGAAACUACAAAUCAAUCCACGCACCGCCCAGAGAUGGGUAGCAAACGAUCAGCAAGAUCCGCAAACCUACAUCGCAAGAAAAGAGGGUAGCGGAAGACCAGUUGCUAGACCAGCACUGAUGGAUGAGCGUCAUAAAACUCAUUUGAUCAAUUUAAUCGACGAAGAGCCUGCGUUAGUUUUGGAUCAAAUGAUGGAAAGCUUGACAGUCUUGUUCAGUGACCUCAAGAUAUCGAAAACAACUCUCUACAAUUUCGUUACCAACAAAUGCAAGAUUAGUCUGAAGAGAGCUCACUUUCAUUCGGUGGAUCGCAACAGCCCAGAAUAG